GGCAGAGCAGCGCCGCCGCCGUCGGGCGCGCAGCUCUGCAGCUCGGCGAACGCUUCGGCGCCCGCAGCCCCAGGGGCCCAGCGGUCCCGCAUUGUGCCUGGUAGGGUCGCGCAGAUCCGGGAGGAGCGUCGCAGGUUGAUGGCUGCGUUCCCAAUGUUCACACUGUUGGAAGCUUGACCUCCCUGUGGUAGAACCACUGUGCACUGAGGCCCACCUUUCCAGACCUGAAAGCAAGGAGGAGGAGGAAGAGGGUCAGUCCAUGAGUAUCACACUCUGAGUUCCAGCCCCUGCCCUACGACGUGAGCAGCCCCUGCAGAUGGCACCUUUGGAGAUCUUGACAAAGCCUCUUCUGUUUGGGAUGGGGUUUUUGGCACAUUCUUCCAGACUCAGAUGAGAUCCUGAUGGCCACGGAGCAGGAGGGCAGGUGCUGACACCUUCCCCAGCCCCAGCCCCAACCGCUGACAUCAUUUCCAACAUCAAUAUCUAAAUGCCACAGUGCUUUGGGGGCAAGUUGGGCUGGGGACCACUGUUGCCUUUUAAGACCAUAAAACCAUGGGAAACGCAGAAAGUCAGAAUGUAGACCAUGACUUUUACGGAGAAAAGCAUGCCAGCUUGGGGCGCAAGCACACGUCGCGCUCGCUGCGCCUGUCACACAAGACGCGGCGGACCAGGCACGCCUCCUCGGGAAAGGUGAUCCACAGGAACUCGGAAGUGAGCACCCGAUCCAGCAGCACCCCGAGCAUCCCCCAGUCCCUGGCCGAAAAUGGCUUGGAACCCUUCUCCCAGGAAGGCACCCUAGAGGACUUCGGGAGCCCCAUUUGGGUGGACCGAGUAGAUAUGGGCUUGAGACCCGUGUCUUACACCGACUCUUCUGUCACACCCAGCGUAGACAGCAGCAUCGUCCUCACCGCAGCCUCCGUGCAAAGCAUGCCAGACUCGGAGGAGAGCAGGCUUUACGGGGAUGACGCUACGUACUUGGCUGAGGGAGACAGGAGGCAGCAUCCCUUUACAUCCAACGGGCCCACUUUCAUGGAGACUGUGAGCUUUAAGAAGAAACGCUCCAAAUCUGCAGACAUCUGGCGGGAGGACAGCCUGGAAUUCUCACUCUCUGAUCUGAGCCAAGAACAUUUAACAAGCAACGAAGAAAUCUUGGGUUCCGCGGAAGAGAAGGACUGCGAGGAGGCUCGGGGGAUGGAAACACAGGCGAGUCCCCGGCAGCUCAGCACCUGUCAGCGUGCCAAUUCCCUGGAUGACUUGUAUGCUCAGAAAAACUCUGGGGUGACGGCAAACGGGGGACCGAGGAGCAAAUUUGCAGGCUAUUGUCGGAAUUUGGUGUCUGAUAUUCCUGAUCUUGCAAACCAUAAGAUGCCACCAGCUGCUGCCGAAGAGACUGCUCCGUACAGUAAUUAUAACACACUUCCCUGUAGGAAAUCUCACUGUCUUUCGGAAGGUGCCACCAACCCACAAAUUAACCAUAGCAACAGCAUGCAAGGCAGAAGAGCCAAAACAACUCAGGAUGUUAAUGCAGGCGAGGGCAGCGAGUUUGCCGACAGCGGGAUCGAAGGGGCCACCACCGACACGGACCUCCUGUCCAGGCGAUCCAAUGCCACCAACUCCAGUGACUCGCCCCCCACGGGCAGGGCCUUCGUGGGCAGCGACAGCGGCAGCAGCUCCACGGGGGAUGCAGCUCGCCAGGGGGUGUACGAGAACUUCAGGCGGGAGCUGGAGAUGAGUACCACCAAGAGCGAGAGCCUGGAGGAAGCCGGCUCCGCGCACAGCGACGAGCAGAGCAGCGGCACCCUGAGCUCCCCGGGCCAGUCCGACAUCCUGCUGACGGCCGCGCAGGGCACGGUGCGCAAGGCCGGCGCCCUGGCGGUCAAGAACUUUCUGGUGCACAAGAAGAACAAGAAAGUGGAGUCGGCCACCCGCAGGAAGUGGAAGCACUACUGGGUGUCCCUGAAAGGGUGCACGCUUUUUUUCUAUGAGAGUGACGGCAGGUCUGGAAUUGAUCACAACAGCAUCCCCAAGCACGCCGUCUGGGUGGAGAACAGCAUUGUGCAGGCUGUGCCCGAGCACCCCAAGAAGGACUUCGUCUUCUGCCUCAGCAAUUCCCUGGGCGAUGCCUUCCUGUUUCAGACCACCAGCCAGACGGAGCUGGAGAACUGGAUCACCGCCAUCCACUCUGCCUGCGCAGCCGCGGUCGCCAGGCACCAUCACAAAGAGGACACGCUCCGGCUCCUGAAGUCGGAGAUCAAAAAACUGGAACAGAAGAUUGACAUGGAUGAAAAGAUGAAGAAAAUGGGCGAGAUGCAGCUGUCUUCCGUCACAGACUCAAAGAAGAAGAAAACUAUAUUAGAUCAGAUCUUUGUUUGGGAGCAAAAUCUUGAACAGUUCCAAAUGGACCUAUUUCGUUUCCGCUGUUAUUUAGCUAGCCUCCAAGGUGGGGAGCUGCCAAACCCCAAAAGGCUACUCGCUUUUGCAAGCCGACCAACGAAAGUGGCAAUGGGACGCCUUGGAAUCUUUUCUGUAUCAUCUUUUCAUGCCCUGGUGGCAGCCCGUACAGGUGAAACUGGAGUGAGAAGACGUACUCAGGCCAUGUCCAGAUCUGCUAGCAAGAGAAGGAGCAGGUUUUCUUCUCUGUGGGGUCUGGACACUACCUCCAAAAAGAAGCAGGGACGCCCCAGCAUCAAUCAGGUGUUUGGAGAGGGAACUGAAGCUGUAAAGAAAUCUUUAGAGGGAAUAUUUGAUGACAUUGUUCCAGAUGGCAAGAGGGAGAAAGAAGUGGUCUUACCUAGUGUCCACCAGCACAAUCCUGACUGCGACAUUUGGGUCCACGAAUAUUUCAGUCCUUCCUGGUUCUGUCUGCCCAAUAAUCAGCCAGCUCUGACCGUCGUCCGGCCAGGUGACACUGCACGGGACACCCUGGAGCUCAUCUGCAAGACACAUCAACUGGAUCAUUCUGCUCAUUACCUGCGUCUGAAAUUUCUAAUAGAAAACAAAAUGCAGUUCUACAUCCCGCAGCCCGAGGAGGACAUUUAUGAGCUGCUGUAUAAAGAAAUUGAAAUUUGUCCAAAAGUCACUCAGAAUAUUCAGAUUGAGAAGUCUGAUGCAGCCGCUGAUAAUUACGGGUUUUCACUUUCUUCCGUGGAAGAAGACGGUGUUCGAAGGCUCUAUGUGAACAGUGUAAAGGAAACUGGUUUAGCUUCCAAGAAGGGCCUGAAGGCGGGAGAUGAAAUUCUCGAGAUCAAUAAUCGUGUCGCUGGUACCCUCAACUCCUCUAUGCUCAAAGAUUUCCUCUCGCAGCCCUCCCUGGGCCUUCUGGUGAGGACCUACCCUGAGCUGGAGGGAGGAGUGGAGCUGCUGGAAAGUCCGCCCCACCGAGUGGACGGCCCCGUGGACCUGGGCGAGAGCCCCCUGGCCUUCCUCACCAGCAACCCAGGGCACAGCCUCUGCAGCGAGCAGGGCAGUAGUGCCGAGACCGCGCCGGAAGAGACUGAAGGGCCAGACCUGGAAUCCUCUGAUGAGACUGAUCACAGCAGCAAGAGCACAGAACAGGUGGCCGCGUUUUGCCGCAGUUUGCAUGAGAUGAACCCUUCAGACCCCAGCCCGUCUCCUCAGGACACCACGGGGCCUCAGCUGGCCACCAUGAGGCAGCUGUCAGACGCGGAUAAACUGCGCAAGGUGAUCUGCGAGCUCUUGGAGACAGAGCGCACCUACGUGAAAGACUUAAACUGUCUUAUGGAAAGAUACCUGAAACCUCUUCAAAAGGAGACUUUUCUCACCCAAGAUGAGCUUGACGUGCUCUUUGGAAAUUUAACCGAAAUGGUAGAGUUUCAAGUAGAAUUCCUUAAAACCCUAGAAGAUGGAGUGAGACUGGUACCUGAUUUGGAAAAGCUUGAGAAAGUCGACCAGUUUAAGGUCAGUCUCAACCUUGAAUAUCCAGCCAAGACGGACACGGCGUUCAAGGCGUUCCUGGACAUCCAGAACCCCCGGCAGCAGCACUCGUCCACGCUCGAGUCGUACCUCAUCAAGCCCAUCCAGAGGAUCCUCAAGUACCCGCUGCUGCUCAAGGAGCUGUUUGCCCUGACAGACGCCGACAGCGAGGAGCACUACCACCUGGACGUGGCCAUCAAGACAAUGAACAAGGUCGCCAGUCAUAUCAACGAAAUGCAGAAGAUCCACGAGGAAUUCGGGGCCGUGUUUGACCAGCUGAUUGCCGAGCAGACUGGUGAGAAGAAAGAGGUUGCAGAUCUGAGCAUGGGGGACCUUCUCUUGCACACCACUGUCAUCUGGCUAAACCCACCGGCAUCUCUGGGGAAGUGGAAAAAGGAGCCAGAAUUGGCAGCUUUUGUCUUCAAAACUGCUGUGGUCCUCGUGUAUAAAGAUGGUUCCAAACAGAAGAAGAAACUUGUGGGAUCUCACAGGCUGUCAAUUUACGAAGAGUGGGACCCCUUCCGGUUUCGCCACAUGAUCCCCACUGAAGCUCUGCAGGUCCGCGCUCUGGCAAGUGCAGAUGCAGAAGCAAAUGCCGUGUGUGAAAUUGUCCAUGUGAAAUCGGAAUCUGAAGGGAGGCCAGAGAGGGUCUUCCACCUGUGCUGCAGCUCCCCAGAGAGCCGAAAGGAUUUCCUGAAGGCUGUGCAUUCGAUCCUGCGAGAUAAGCACAGAAGACAGCUCCUCAAAACCGAAAGCCUUCCCUCAUCCCAGCAGUAUGUCCCUUUUGGAGGAAAAAGAUUAUGUGCGCUGAAAGGUGCCAGGCCAGCCAUGAGCAGGGCAGUGUCCGCCCCAAGCAAGUCUCUUGGGAGGAGGAGGCGGCGACUGGCCCGCAACAGGUUUACCAUUGAUUCUGAUGCCGUCUCCGCCAGCAGCCCGGAGAAAGAGUCCCAGCAGCCCCCCGGUGGCGGGGACACUGACCGAUGGGUAGAGGAACAGUUUGAUCUUGCUCAGUAUGAGGAGCAAGAUGACAUCAAGGAGACAGACAUCCUCAGUGACGAUGACGAGUUCUGCGAGUCCGUGAAGGGCACCGCAGUGGACAGAGACCUGCAGGAGCAGCUUCAGGCUGCCUCCAUCAGUCAGCGAGAAAGAGGCCGGAGAACUCUGGAUAGUCACGCGUCCCGCAUGACCCAGCUCAGGAAGCAGACCGCCCUGUCGGGCAUCAAUGGAGGUCUGGAGAGCACCAGUGAGGAAGUCAUUUGGGUCAGGCGUGAAGACUUUGCCCCCUCCAGGAAACUCAACACUGAGAUCUGACUGUGUCGUGUCCCCCAGAGGAUUUGUGUACAUACUUCUCCCACCGCCCCACUCUGCCCGCCCUCCUGUCCCAUCCUCGAGAAUGUCCCCUUAGGUCGCACUCUUGCACACACGGUUCCGGCAGCUGACUCGGUUCUGAAGCCAUGUAGCCACCCACCUUCGUCAUUCUUAACAACAUCAGAAAGAAUUGUUCAGGGUCCCAAACAAGCUGGAGUCCUGUCCUCUGUAUAUUACCAAGGGCUUUUAUUUAUUCUCAAUUAAUCAGGGCCUGCAGAAUCAGAAGAAAUAAUCGAUAGCACUGGAAAGCAGAUCCCCCCCACCCCCAGCAGCUAGGACAGAUUGAUUUAAGGGAUAGCACACACAAAAGAGAUGACACACCCCGUCCUGUCUGAAGCCAGUGACCUAGCUGGGGAAACCACUUUCAAACACACAACGGAACAAGACGAAGUAUCUGUACAGCUUGCAGGAUUCGCCCUCCCUCUCUCUUCCGUGUCUGAGGGUAUCAGUGUCCUUUAAGAAUGUGUGAGGAGAGGGUGGUCUCAUUUAUGUCUUGAUGAGCCUUUUAUUUUUUUCUCCUGUUUUGAACUAUGGCUGGUCUGACUCUAUGUCGGUGUUUGGAAGCUCUAGUUUUGCAUAGAAUUAUAAAGAUGCCAAACUCUUGUAAAAGAGAUCCAAAUUUAUCACUUGAGAGAAAAGAGAAGAAAAAAAAAAAAACCUAUUUUUUGUAUUUAACCUGUGAUGCAGGGGCACAAAGAGAUGAGAAUUUUACAGUGUUAGAUGUAACUCUGAGUCUAGAAAUGAGCAUAUAACCUUUUGCAGAGAGUGAGGCAUGGUGACUUUAUAUUUAUAUACGAAAAGCCAACAAGAAGCUCAUGGUAAGGAUAAAUGUUGCUUUUUUAAGAAGCUUUUUUUUUUUUUUUAAUGUUUGAGUCUAUAUUUGAGAUGGGAGUUUGGCUGGGUGACACAAGACAGGGAAUGGGCUGUGUGUGCGUCUGUAGCACAUGGCAGGGGAGGGAGCCUCCUUCGUGUGGGGUUGCCAUGGUGAUCAUUGAUUGGUUUUCCCAUCAAAACUGCAUCUUCAUCGUAGAUGACCCGCCCCUUCCCUGACAGCCCAUAACCAAACCUCUGAACCAAACAACCUCUUCAAAAACAUCUCUUGCAUUUAACACGUUCUUCAUGCCAACAAAACAGGGUAAACAUGCUGAUAAAUCUAACAUUCUAAACAGAUAUCCAAAUAGAAGAACAAAAACGAGUUUUAGCACUUUCAAAUUUUUUUUAAAAAAAAGGUUUAUAGCUUUUUUUUUUUCCUUCUUCCCAUUUCACAAUGUCCACUUCCUAAGAAUAAAUAAUAUGAAAACUUUCUUUUUGGGGAAAAAAAAAAUUAUCUAUUUGGUGUUUGACACAUCAGUAGGUACUUUAAAGACCUGAAUUUUAUAGUAGCUUUAGGAAUUAUAUUUUAUAAGAAUCAGUUAUGACUUUAUAUUUCCAGACAAUAGAGAGUUCAGAACAUCUUGCUCCGUGCCCCUGCUUGCUUUUCCCUCUCUCUCAUCCUACGUCCCUCCCCCUUUCGGGUUUCCAGGGCUCUGAGCUUGAUCUUUUGAAAAUUUUAUUCUAUUAAAUUUUUGCUAUAUCUUCUGGUUUUCUUAAAAAGCUUUAGAAUGGUUUCUAUGCCCUUUGUAUCACCGCAUUGUACCAUAUCAUCUCGGGUUCGAUUGUGUCUGGAUGGAAAACUGAAGCAGAGGCGUCGAAUAGUUGAAUUUACUGGUCCCCCUGCAGCGCGUCCAUGGAAAAUACUGGAGAGUCUGGUGCUUGGAGAGGGUGCCAUUGUCUCUUGUACAUAAGGUCAUGACGUGUCGAUGUCAAAAGUUCUUAUAUAUUUCUUUUAUAAGCUGAAAGAAGGUCUAUUUUUAUGUUUUUAGGUCUAUGAAUGGAACGUUGUAAAUGCCUGUCAAACAAUAAAAAUAUUGAAAAGUA